AUGCAGCAUUUCUCUCGAUCACGAAGCUCUCCAAGAUGGAUUCCAAAGACGGCAAGACUUGUUCUUUUCUGGCACUACCUUUUCCUUCUUUCGUUGCUGUUUUCGGUCUGCAGCGCAGCGACCGUUGUGGCGCACAGAUCAAACCAAAUAACAAGGCUACUGCGGGCCAAGGAGAGGGAGGGACGGAGAUGGCGAGCUGGAGAAGGAGAAAAAGGCCGAGGAGGCUUCGCGUGGGCAGGUCAGUGUGCGUUGAGGGAGGACAUAGAAAACGUAGGCUCCUGUUCCCUUCUUGAAGAAAGUACUGAAACAGAGUUGCCGUUUCCUUCUUCUUUUCCACUUUCUUCCCGCUUCUCUAGCGCAUCUGCCUCACUCUUGCGCAUCACAAAUUCCAGAGAAAAAAAGGCAAAGCGCAUGUGGAUAAGGAAACGACAGGGACGCACGAAUCCCUGCACCUGUCUGGAUCGCGGUCAGGCGUCUUUGUUGCCAGCAUCGACCCCGUCUUCCUCUCCUUCAAUCCCUUCUCCCUCUUCGCCAGACGCUAGCCUGGGUUCUCGGCCUUCCCCAGAACCACCAUCGACCCUCAUCGCCCCCCAGCGUUUGUUGGCUUCAUCGCCUUCUUUCUCUUCUUCCCAGCUCUCUUUCUCUUCCCUCGCUUCUUCUUUCUCUUCUGUUUCUCCGUCGAUGCCAGCAGCUGUCAGCCAGCGAAGACAAGACGCGGCACAAGGACGUCGAGGGGAACCCGGUUCGGUUCGUUCCCCUCCGUCUCGCUUGUCGUUGUCAACCUUCGUUCUUUCCUCGUGGCCCACUCCUUCGUUUAACAAAUGGUUGUCUUCUUUCUUCCCUUUCUUCUCCGACCUGCCUUCCUCACCAUCUUCCUCAUCGUCGUCUCUCUGCUCUCUUUUGUCGCCUUUCUGGGCUCUACACGGUCUUCCUGUCCUGCUUUUUGGGAGCGCUGCGACGCCGCUUGAAAAUCCCCGCAAAGACAGAAGGGAGAAAGAGGUAGGAAGAGAGAGACGAGGUCGGAGAGGACACGAGGAAAAGCAAUCUAACGGACUCGGAGAAGGAAAUAGAGUUGCUCGGCCCUUCCAAGAAAAAGCACUGGCCGCUGCUGGUGGGUUUGGCGGUGUCUCCGCGACUUUGUCCACAGCGGAUGUUCUACCUUCACACAUUUCUUCCGCCCUUUCGUUUCCUCCCUUGGAGAGGAAGGGGUGCCAUUCGAGCUGUCUCUCUUGUUCUCGCCCUAAUGCUCAAAAUGCCUGUCGCUCUUGUCCGAACCAGAUCUCCUCUCCUUCCGAAGUUUUCGCCUUCUUCUCGUCUUUCCCUGCGUCUGCCUCGUCUCCUUCUCUUUCGCCCUCUUCUUCGCCUCCCGGUGCUUCGAUCUUUCCAUUCGCGCCGGACCUUUCUGGGUCAAGCGCGUUCCUCUCUCCUUCCUCUUUCUCUGCUCUCUCUGUUCCCUUUCUUCGCUCUUUGCCCCACAUCCUUACCCCCCUCUUCCAGGACGGCAGCGGGCUCUGUAUCCCGGUCGCCCCUGGCGAUUCCUCGCCUUCUGCUGCAGACGUUUGCUUAGGCGUCGACAGCGAGGAAAACCCCGCGGUUUCUUGCAACUUCUCAUCUCAUUCUCCUCUUCCUGAAGCCGACGGGCCGCCCUCGUCCGUGUCCUCGUCUUGUUCCCUCUCGUCUAUGUCCUCUUCCUCCGCGCCUUCCUCUUUCUCUCCUGCGUCUCCUUCGUUGCCGUGCUCUUUCUCUGGGUCGGGGGACCGUCCCCUAAGAGACGAAGGCGCCAGGGGGGACACCGAGCAGCGGCUUGGAGAGGAGGAACGGGAAAAAAACCUGGAACGGAAAAAGGCAAAGGAGCGUCUAAAGGACCAUUGCCAUCCUUCCUGCCUAACCUGCCGGGCCGAUUGCUGCUACCGAAAAGCCGACAACUGCCUCUCAUGCAAUUUAACAUUCUCUUCGCUGCGGCGUCUUUAUCCGGACGGGACGGGACGUUGCCUUUCCAUUCGCAAGAGAGAAGACGAAAGCACUUCUGUCGAGCCCACUUCUUCGGGGGGGAGAGAAGACGCAGGCGAGCCAAGUGGUGGAUAUGGGGCAAUAGGAGACUGGUUUCAAGCGUUAAUAGGAUUUGCCGAUGUGCAGCCUUCCUGGGAAAUCAUCGCCGGACACCCUUCUUUGUCCGCCGUGUCUCCUCCCUAUUCCCCGCCCCCCAGUUCUUCGCCUAUUUCUAUCUCCACAUCUUCUACGACGCCUAGUCCUACUUCUUCUCCUUCCUCUUUACCUUCGUCAUUCUCCUCCUCUUAUUCGUCCUCUCCCUCGUCUUCCUCUUCUUCGUCAUCGUCGUCUCUGCCCUCUUCUUCGUCCUCGCCUCCCCCUCUUCUUGCUUCGUUUACUGCUUCUCCGUUCGCUCUUCCUCCGCCCUCAGCCUCUUCAAUAUGCCGCUCUCUUCCGUCCGCUGCUUCUGCUCUGCCUCUCCUUCACUUUCUUCACCUCUUUUUCCUCCACGCAGACAACAAUUUAGAAGAGUCUGCGCUCCUCGACAUGGAGGAAAUCCUAAAUCCGUAUAUAGGCCGACGAGCUUUGAACGCUAUUUUAGCUGCACAGAAUUCAGGUCUCUCUGGAGGCGGAACUCCUGGAGGGGCGGCUAGCCAGGCACCUACCCCGCUAGCGCCGCACCUAGCUCUAGCCCAGAUGUAUAUCGUGACUCUCUUGGAUCGACCGAAAAGUGGAAGUCCAAGCAAAGCCACCGAAGCAAGCAUAGGCCGAGUGCACAUUUGCGGAAAUCUCGAGUACACUCAAAAAGGAAAUAUUCGUGUCCGAGGAAACCAGACGAUAUUUGUCCAGGAGGGCUGGCAGGGAACAGCUGAGCUCAGUUCAGAAACUGCGUAUGAACUAUUGAGGGUCAAAAAUGAAGAUGGAAGAUUUGAAUGGAUGCUGCUGAGAGAUCUGGGAGAGAUGAACUCGCCAUCCGUCCUAGCGUCUUUCCUUCAAAGAAACUUGGAUCUAUUUCCUGCAAGACAUGCGGCGCUGACUCUCUGGAACCAUGGAAGCGCCUGGGUGGGGUUCGGUGAUGACGAGAGCAACGCUGACAAUUCACCCAUGAGCUUGAAGGAGCUGGUACAAGGCUUGCAAAAAGGCCUCCGAGGAAGUGCUCGAGGCAAGCACGACCCCGCAUUCAAAUUCAGUGUCUUAGGUUUUGAUGCGUGUCUGAUGGCGAGCUACGACGUCCUCGAAGCCGUUGCCCCCUUUGCCCAUUUUGUUAUUGCGAGUGAAGACAAUGAGCCUGGUCAUGGGUGGAAUUACCACCUGACCGACCCCACGACUCUUCUCGACAACGCGGAUGCGUCUGCUCCUCAGUCUCUCCCUCCUCCCUCCCGUCGCGAGUUUUUUUCCUCUGCACCUUCCCCGGCGGCUCUUCCUCCGUCUCUGGCUUCUCUCUCCGCUGCGCCUUCGCCCUUUCGUCUCUCAACAGCAUAUGAAUACGCGUCACGCUUCAUUGCCAGUUACGCCCUCCAUCCUCGGUCCUCGGUUGCCUUGACUCUCUCGCUGAUUGAAGUCAAAACAUUUCUAACCUUCAAACACAAAUUCGAAGAAGUCAUGGAUCAUUUGUUCGCAUGCGGCGGGAGCGCCAUCUCUUCCGUCAUUCGGCGAGCCCUUGCUGCUUCCUUCACAAUCCGCGGCUGCGAAAUGGUCAGCUUGUGCUCGUGCUUCGACCUCUUCGAUUUCCUGGAUCACCUGCUGCGCCUUCUGACUGCACAACGCCACCAGGUCUACUCUUCCUUGCCGUCGCCUUCUUCCCUGUCCUCUUAUUCCUCUGCAAACGCUGCUCCGCUCUCCAGCAAAAGAGCCGCGCCGCUGCUCUCUGUGGCGGAGAAGGUUGCAAGUCUUCGGAGGAUGCUCAAAGCCAUGGUGGUUAUGGAGGUGGGAACGAGGGAGGAAGGCAGAUAUGCAGGCCUCAGCAUGUAUUUUCCUGAUCCUAAUAUGCAGCUGAACUGCAAAAACACGCGCGGCGCGUCCCUCUGGGCAGAGCAAUAUCACCGGUCUGUUCAGUCUCGCUAUGCCGCCUUCGUCACGUCGGUCCAGAAGAACCAGCGAGGAAGUGUUUGCUACUUUUCUUCGACUCUCGCGUCCUCUCCCGCGUCGUCAAUUGGGGCCUCUCCGCAUCCAGCAGAGGAAGCAGAAGAGGAACGCUUUGAAGUUCUGGAGGCGCGACUCCUGGGAGGGAAGCGCCAGGGAGGACACCACCUAGUCGGCCUCGCUGCCAUCGCGCCUGCAAGUCUCAUGUUCGCUCUCAUGUUCAGGGGCUUCGUUUCUUCGGUGCAUGGCAAUGGGCGCUCGGCGCCUCCUGCGGCUCGUCCCCAGCCACAACGAGAAGAGCAGAGUCCAAUGCAGCGCCGCGAAGGAAAUCUGGCAUCUUCUUCGGCUUCUUCAUCUUUCCUGGAGUCCUCUUCCACUCCGCCUCCCACCCCACAAAUAGGAGUCAGCACAGCCAAAGAGGAGAGAAAAGAGAGAGGCCGAGGAACGUUCCACAUUGUCGUCGAAGUGUUCAGCACGUUACAAGCCUCCAUGACGGACAUCACCGACGUUGACUGGUUGGGGACUCUACCCGAAGAACAAGAAGAACAACAAGAAGAAGGACGGGAAGAAGAACGGGAAGAAGAACGGGAAGGAAGCAGAAGCUCAGGGGCGACGAAACGUGGGACCCCUGGGAAAAGGGAAGACUCCGCACCAGAGGCCGGAAAACGAAAGAACCACCCAGAAAACUCAAGGGAGCGCUUUGGUCGGCACGGAGAGACUGAGGCGGAAAGAGAAGACAGCGAGUCGGAAGGGAAAAAGACACCAGGGGGAGAAGAGACAGCAGGGCGAAACGAGAGACAAGACGCGAAGCGAACACCGGGAACUGCAGAAGCGGCUUUCAGCUCAUUUUCAGCGUCUCCCAAAGAACGCAAGGGCCGCAAAGGAGCAAAUACAGAGCAGCAUAAGGUUGAUCCUCCACGGCGCAAGCCGGAAAACCUCUCGGUCGCUGAAAGCUGGUGGGACGAGCGCGUGUGGCUCCUCAGGCAACAGCGAGCAGUUCUGCCGUCCUUCAAAGAUCCUCGGAGGCGGCCUCUGGCGAUGCAACGACGACGAACAAGAGAAGAAACAGAAGACGAGGCAGAUGAAGGACAGACAGACAGAGAAGACGAGAGAGAAGAGGAAGGACAGGGCGAAUACUUGGAGUCGCUUCUGAUCGCCAUGCAGGAUGUCCCUGAGAGUCCUUCAAGAAGAAACACUGAAGAGCGCCGAAUCUUCACGUUUCCUUUUAUCUUCUAUGAAGACGCUGCGGCACUUGAAUGUGCUCAGAGAGCAAUGCGCUCCACAUUCGCUCACCCAAACUCGGCCUCUCGUUCCUCGUUGGCCGCUCAGUCUGUCUCUCCGUCUCCUUCAGCCUCAGGUGAAGGCACCCCAUACACUGACGCCUCUGCCAGUAAGUCGUCGGCGCUUCCUUCUCAGCUCGCUUCUUCCCCUCGCGAGGCUCUAGCCGCUGCCGCAGCGCAGACGCGUGUGCUUACGGCGCGUCGACUGGCAGAAGAGGAAGAAGAACAGAGAACGGUCAAGGAAGAGACGAAGGAUGAGAUGGCUGAAGAGGACGGUAUUCCUUUUGGUUCGGUGGAUACGUCCCGUUCACGGCCUUCCUCUGCAUGGCUGUCAGGCCGAAGUGGCGAAAGCAAGAGAAAACGCGAAAUCGAACAUGAAGGGACAGAAGGGACCUUCUUCACGCGGCCUCUAGUAAUCUCGUCGGAGACACUCUUUUCUCUACCCUCCUCUGGAGGCGAGACUGCCGCGCGCCGCCACCUGCAGUCGAGACGGGGCGAGACUCACGACUCUUCCGCGGCUUCUUCCAGUUCGUCCCCGCAUGCGCUCCCGGCUGCUUUCGGGGGUGCGCUUGGCCAGCGAGAAGACGGCAGAGCCUGUGGAGAACGCGCAUAUCUCUUAGGAGAAAUGGAAGGAGACAGGGUGUCUAAACUGACUCUCUACGUGGUGGUGAACAACAUGCCAAAUGAGCGUCCACAGUCAAGCGGCGGAAUCCUGCAGCCCAUCCGAAAAACCUUCACGUUCGAACAUCACCAGCCGCGUCUUGGUCUUGCUUUUGCCUCUUCCUCGAGCUCAGCGGAAAGGCAAGGUCGGCGCUUGAGUGAAACAGAUGACGAAGAGCAGCGAGAGGCCUGGCUGAAGGAACAACUUGCUGCUGCCCUACGAGAGGAGCGUGAGGGUCACACCUUCAUUGCUUCUGUCGGCAGAGGUACGGACCAAUGGCAGACCGGGGACAGGCGAAGACAGGAGGAAGGAAAAGAGGGGACGGACGAAGGAAAGAAACAGGAAACGAACUCAGCCGCGGCGCCAAAUAGGGACAAGGAGAGGACGGAUCAGUGGUUGGAGAAUGAACAGAGUGGGAAGAAGAAAGAAGGCGGAAAGGAGGAUAAGCAGGGCGAAGAGCGACGAGAUGGAGAAGCAACUAGCAGUGAACGCGCGGCGCAGCGGAAGAGAAGAGGAGACGAACAAGGAAACACGGAGACAGUUAGAUGGUCCAAAAUCACCAUGGAAGAACUCACCCAGGAUGUCUUAUUUCUGUGGGGAGAAAAAGAAGAUGUCGGGGAACUGGAGAUUGUUUCAGUAUCGCGAGGAGCCUACGCGCGCAUGCAGAAAGAGAGACAGACCGACGGCAAGAAGGGCACCACCGAAAACAAGCAACAGAGGGAAGAAGCGAGGCAUGCGAGAACGAAGGACGAAGGGGAUAGCGAAGACGCGCACAGGGCUGACAUCAGAGAAGAGGAGGACAACCUCCCGGAGAUCGACUCACGCCAUGUCUUAGGUUUUGUGAUGCAGAGUGUGACGGAGCAACGAGGAGGCUUCCUGCUGUCUCUGCCGUCGCCAAAAGACGAGACGCCGCCUUCGUCUUUCUCUUUCUUUUCGUCCCUCUUCUCUUUUGGAGAAGGUGAAGAACAGAAAAAGAAAGAAGACGACUGCCAACCAGCAUGGAUAGGCGACGGCAUAUGUGACCCUCCAUGUGAUCGCCCAGAGUUUUCGGCUGAUGGCGGCGACUGCCCGCACCGCAGUCGCCUAGGGCGUCUGUGGCUUGACCAGCAGCAGCCCACAGGGCCUUGCAUAAACAACCAGUGUGGACUGAACGCGAUAUGCGAAGAAACUCCGGUUCCAUCCAACGUUACGCUGUCCCUUAGUGGUCUCCCUUCCCAAUCCCGUCUCUUUUACUUUGAAAAAGAGGUCGAGACAGAGCCUGCUUCCGCUUCUUCGGUGUCUCCCUCUUCUGAUUCGCCUCACUCCUCGUCUUUCUCGGCGUUGGCCUCUGUAUCUGCCCCGUCGUUCGCUUCCUCGGUUCCCUCUCACUUCUCUUCCUCUCGGGAGAGAGGCAGCAGCUCGGCAACGACAGGAAAGACCGGGUCGGAGCGAAAACAGUCAGUGCAGGAGAGUGCAGCUGAGAAUCAGGCUCCACCGCGCGCUCCAGCGACGUCCACAGUGUGGUUUACACCACAGGGCGCGUAUCGCUGCCGGUGCAAAAUCGGCUACGAGGGCGACGGUCUGAAUUGCAGAGACGUCGAUGAGUGUGCAGCUGGAGCGACUUCCCCUUGUCACCCCGCUGCUCUGUGCAUCAAUACGAAAGGGAGUUUCCGAUGCGUCUGCAAGGCUCACUACGUCGGCGACGGCAUCUCCUUCUGCAUGCCCCAGUCCGAAGUCGCUCAGGGCGACACUCUCAGCGACUUGGAGCAUCGCCGAUGCGUCGACAGAGACGGCAAGCCGUUAUGUCCCUCGACUCUGCACUGCCUGCCCGACGGCUCCUGUGGGUGCAACGAAGGCUACGUCCAAACCACCGAAGACACUUGCGAAGACAUCGACGAAUGCGAAGAGGGCUUAGCCUCCUGUGCGCCGUCUGCUCUUGCGCUCUGCAUCAACACGGAGGGAGGCUAUUUCUGUAGCUGCCGAGAAGGCUACGAAGGCGACGGGCGCCAGUGCGUCAAGGGGCCGUCAGUUCUACACGCCCGGCUUGUCGUUUCUGUCGACCUUCGACAGACGAUGGAGAAAGAAGGAGGCGUCGAGGAAUUCACUCGCCUUUUUAGAGACUCAGUUGCGGAAGCAGUUCCCACGCUGACCCGCGAGCGAAUUGAGGUCCUCAGUGUCUCUGACGGAAGCGUUAGUAUUCUGCUUCGCAUCCAUCCUUCUCCAUUUUCGUCUCGCAAGAAGCCGCCUUUUGCUACCCGGGAAGCGGGCUCAGAAGAAGGAACACGCGAGAGGGGUGAAAUGGAGAGCGCCUUCACGAUGGAAGAAGGAAAGGACAGGAGAUUUGUGAGAGAAGAUGAGCCACCUUUGACUUCCGCGGAAAUUCUCCUGGCGCUCCAGUGUCAACUCGAAGACCCCACGUCUCCCUUGCGGACAGGACCGUUUGGGGAGUAUGCGGCAGUUAGCUCGCUCGAAGAAUACCACUUUCUCACGAAGGCUCAGGCAUACGGCACACACGAUGUGCUAGACCUUCUAACCAAGUGGUUGCCUACGUGGAUUACAGACCACGUUCCCAAGUCGAUCAUCGUAGGAAUGGAACUGUGCUUCUUCGUCGUGAUGUUCCUCAUUCUCUUGAACUGCCUCAUCAAAAUAUGCAAACGGAAGAAGAAAAGACGCCUCUCUAUUCUCUUCCCUCUUCUUCCUCCGCCUCCUUUGUUUUUCCAACUCGGCCACAAGGCGAGACCCGGAGUGACCGACAGGGGAAAGAACGAAGAGGACGCAGUUUUCCAAGAGACGGCGAGGAAGGAAGACGAGAUGAAGACACGCUCGAGAAAAUGA